AAUGGACCGAAUUCCAAUCGGACGGGGCCGGAGGAUGCCUUCCUCUACCGCCGCAGAAAAAGCAAUUCAGACCCUGCUUCCACAGAACAUCACGUUCAAAGUUCACUGUGGCACAUGUCGUCCACAGCCAUGGAUCGAUAAUCGUACGAUCAGCUUUGGUGUCAUCGCCUUCUGCACUGCACUGCGAUGGAUUUCACUACCUUCCGCUCAGCUCUUCUAACUCACGCUAUUCUGCGUGGG